AUGUCCGCGAGCAACAACUUCCCCUGGCGUACGCCCUCGGCGUCGCCUGCAUGCGAGCAGCAACCUCCAGCGAAGCGUGCGAAGCUUGAACACGACGUCAACAGUAUAAGUCCAGAGGAUGAAGUCCAAAUACCUGCGAUGGUGUUCAGCGAAGAGCAGCAGGCCGCCAUCGAUCUAAUUGUAUCGGGAGCGAACACUUUCCUGACUGGAUCAGCUGGCAGUGGGAAGACUGUUGUGCUUAAGGAGGCCAUCCGCCGAUUGAGGAAUCAGGACAAGCGCGUGGACGUGACUGCCCCAACUGGACGAGCUGCUGAACAUGUUGGAGGUAGCACACUUUCUCACUUCGCCCGAUGGAGUCCUUUCAGUCGAAAACAGAGUCUGAACGACAUCAAGGACAACGCACGCCAAGAUAUUAAUUCGAAGCACUUUAAAGACCUCGACACCCUGAUCAUUGAUGAGAUAUCCAUGGUGUCGAGCUACACCUUAGAGCGCCUCAACUAUGCACUGCGAGCCGGCCGUGCUGACAAGGACGAAGGCCACAAUGCUGAGCAUGACAGUGUCAUUGAUGAUGACGAUGACGAAGGCCCUCCACCUCGUGUUGAGACCCUUCACAAAGAACCUUUCGGAGGUGUUCAAUUGGUGUGCUGCGGUGACUUCUGUCAGCUGCCACCUGUCUCUCCCUUCGAGCACUGCAUCGAGUGCGGCAAAAGCAUGAAGAGGAAGAAGGUCAAGAAAGUAUGGUAUUACGACUGCGAGCCUUGUGGAAUAACGGAGAAAGAAAGCAAAAGAUGGGCUUUCAGUGCCGCUUCCUGGAAAGCUGCGAAAUUCGACAAUGUAUUUCUCGGCAAGAAUCAGCGCCAGUCAGAGAUUUCCUUCGUCUCGACACUCGACAGGAUUGCGCGCGGUGAGAAAAUACCUCCUGUUUCGAAAGCUCUCAUCCUACAUCACCCUGAAAAUACUGAUGGAGCUAUCAAGCUAUUCGCCAAGAACGAGCAAGUCGACGAGGAGAACAAGAAGGACUUCGAGACUCAUGAAGGGGAGACCAUGUCGUACCAGUGCCACAACUACUUCUGGAGGAAUCGUGAUCACCGCUGGCUCUAUGACAGAGAGAUACCUGCUGGUCAGACAAUCUCCCCAAAGAUGAAGCAAGAGCGGCACUCUUACUCUGAGGAGUUGGAGCUUAAGCUUGAAAUGCCAGUCAUCCUCCUACGGAACAUCGACGUCAAACGGGGGCUGGUAAAUGGCAGCCAGGGCCGAGUCGUUGGCUUCGAGGGCGUGGAGAGAGAAGAAGUCCACAAGUGGUCCGCUCAUAUCUACCAAGGCGAGUCCUGCGCCCACGUUCCAUCUCGUGGAGGUGAAUUUGCCUCGCUCUAUUCAGACCAAAUCAAGGAGUAUGUGACCACAAACUCGGAUCCAGAUGACCCAGACACGGCUAUCAAAUGGCCCAGGGUACUGUUUGAGAACGAAGCAAGGCGAGUCGAGGUAGUCAUACUCCCCGAUUGCCGCCUCGAGCUGUACGGCAACGAGGAGCCAUACUCCAAGGAGUGUCGCACGCAGAUCCCGCUCACAGCUCGAUGGGCUAUGACGAUCCAUAAGUCACAAGGCAUGACUUUGGAUAAGGUCAUUGUGCAUCUUGACAAUGUGUUCCAGGCAGAGCAGGUCUAUGUGGGUUUGUCUCGCGCCAAGUCCACGCGAGGCUUGAAGGUGAUCGGUGAGACCAAAGACUUCGACAAGCACAAGUCGGAUCCUGCGGUGCUCAGGUUCUUGAAGAAGACGAAGUGGGCCAUUGGUGAGUAUGUGAAGUAG